AUGAGAGCAGUGGCUGGAGUCCUGGCAGGACAGGCAUUUAGAAAGUUUCUUCCCCUCUUUGGCCAAGUAUUAGCUGAAAGAAGUGCAGCCAAACCUGUAUCCAAAGGAGGCAUUAUGCUUCCAGAAAAAACUCAAGGAAAAGUAUUGCAAGCAACAGUAGUCGCUGUUGGAUCGGGCUCUAAAGGAAAGGUUGGAGAGAUUCAACUAGUUAGCAUGAAAGUUGGAGAUGGAGUUCUCUUCCCAGACUAUGGACGCACCAAAGUAGUUCUAGACGACAAGGAUUACUUCUUAUUUAGAGAUGGUGACAUUCUUGGAAAAUACGUAGACUGA